AUGGCUACCAAUACUGCAAGCACCGAUAAUUUUGAUGAUCCAAGUCAUGUUUUUCAUCUCAGUAAUUCCGACAAUCCUAGCAUCGUCUUGGUUUUUAAUCUCUUGAUUGAAACCAAUUACAACAUAUGGAGCCAAUAUAUGGUCAUUGCACUCAGCACCAAGAACAAAGUCGGCUUCGUUGAUGGUACCAUAUCCAAGCCCUCCAAGACAUCUUCUGUUGAGUAUCAACAAUGGAAUCGUUGCAAUAACAUGAUAGAUUUGAAGGAGCAUUUUUCUCAAUUUAAUGGUCCUAGAAUGUAUCAUCCUAAACAAGAAAUCCAUAAUCUUGUUCAAGGAAAUACGUUUGUGGCCACCUAUUUUACAAGGUUGAAAUUGCUAUGGGAUGAGUUGUCAUCUCUUCAGUCUAAUCUAUUUAAGGGAGAUGUUGCUCCAUACCAACAGUACCAGCGCACCAUGAAGUUUCUUAUGGGACUUAAUGACUCCUAUGGUGCAAUUUGCGGCCAGAUUCUCUUGAUGGAUCCUUUGCCCAUGAUCAACCACAUCUACAAUUUAAUUCUUCAAGAAGAUAUUCAACGAAACAUCCAAAAUACUUCACCUAUUGAUGGGGUUGCAUUAGCUGCAAAAGGUAUUCUCCUUGCACAAAAAGAUGGUAAGCCGUUCUGCAAGCCCAGACCAAAGUGUACUUACUGUAACAGAGAAGGUCAUAUUGUGGAUCGUUGCUAUUUCAUCCAAGGAUUGCCAUCUGGAUCCUAUAAAACUAGCUCAAGUUCCAAGCCAUGUGCACACCAGGUCUUUUCCGCUAGCAACAAUCUGUCCACUAGCAAUCUUCCUUUUACUCUGGAUCAAUGCUAA